CCCUAUGGCAGGGAUUUUCCCCAGGCUCUGGUUUUAUGGGAUCCAACCCUGUGACAGGGAUUUCCCUGAGGCUCUGGUUUUAUGGGAUCCAGUCCCAUGACAGGGAUUUUCCUGAGUCUCUGGUUUUGUGGGAUCCAGCCCCGUGACAGGGAUUCUCCCCAGGCUCUGGUUCUGUGGGAUGCAGCCCCAUGACAGGGAUUUUCCUCAGGAUCUGGUUUUAUGGGAUCCAGCCCUGUGGCAGGGAUUUUCCUCAGGCUCUGGUUCUGUGGGAUCCAGCCCUCCCUUUUGGCUGGGAUUUUCCUGGGACUGUGAUUUUGUGGGAUGCAGCCCCAUGCCGGGUGGGCAGCAGUUCCGGGGCCUCUCCCCACUCCUGGCACGUUUCCCGGCGUGAUUCCCAACAUGUUUCCCUCUGUGAUUCCCGGCAUUCCCAGGUGAAGGUGCUGACAGUGGAGAAGAAGGUGAACGAGAUCCUGAACCGGCUGGAGAAGACGAAGGUGGAGCGGUUCCCGGACCUGGCGGCCGAGCGGGAAGCGCGGGAUCGGGAGGAGCGGAACGAGAAGAAGGCCCAGAUCCAGGAGAUGAAGAGGAGGGAGAAGGAGGAGCUGAAGAAGAAGAAGGAGCUGGAGGAGCUGAGGAGCUACUCCUCCCUGAUGAAGGCAGAGAACAUGUCCUCCAACCAG